GGCUACCUAACACAUCCGCCAUUUUGAUUCCAAUGUGUUUUUUCCUGGUUCGAUUGACGUUUUUUAUCUUCAGAAAAUGUCUCUAAAAAACGUAGUAGGAAGCCGCAUUUUGAAUAAAUUGUUGAAACCGCUCCACAAUCCAGGCGAAUGGAGGGCUCUUAUUCUCGAUAAACUCAGCACUAGGAUGAUUUCUGCGUGUAUAAAGAUGCAUGAUAUUAUUGAUUCUGGUAUCACAAUCGUAGAAAACCUCCACAAAUCAAGAGAACCUCUACCAAAAAUAGAAGCAAUCUAUAUCCUUACCCCUGAAGAAGAGUCAAUCAAAAUUAUUGUGGAUGACUUCAAAAGCUUCCCAGUCAAGUACAAGGCAGCCCAUAUAUUUUUCACAGAAGUUUGUCCUGAUCAAUUAUUGAUGGAAUUACAGAAAAUAAAGAAGUAUAUCAGAUCACUGAAAGAAAUCAACAUUGCAUUUCUUCCAUAUGAAGCACAGGCUUAUACUCUUGACAGUGCAAUAGCAUUUGAGAAAUUCUAUAACCCAAGUGUAGAGAAUUCAGACAGAAUUAAACACAUGGAGAAAUUGGCUGAACAGCUUGCUACGUUGUGUGCAUGUCUGGGAGAAUACCCAUCGAUCAGAUUCAGGUGCGAGUCCCCCAAGCUUACCGAAUUUGCUCACAUUGUUCAGAAUAAACUGGAUGCUUAUAAAGCUAAUGAUCCAACAAUGGGAGAGGGCAGUAACCACAAACACAGAUCCCAGUUGCUUCUUCUUGACAGAGCUUUUGAUCCAGCAUCACCUCUUCUUCACGAGCUGACCUUCCAGGCGAUGGCAUAUGAUCUACUUAGCAUUAAUAAUGAUGUUUACAAAUUUGUCACCAAAUCAGGAGAUUCCGACUUCAAGGAAGCUUUACUUGAUGACACAGAUGAGAUGUGGAACAAGCUUCGACACCUUCAUAUUGCUGAUGUAUCAAAGAAAAUAUCUGACGAAAUCAAAGAAUUUGCUUCAGAAAAAAGGAUGUCUACAAAAGAAAAGCAGAGCACACUAAAAGACCUACAAGUGAUGCUCAAGAAAAUGCCUCAGUACCAACAGGAACUGAGCAAGUAUAUUCUUCACUUCCAUCUGGCUGAAGACUGCAUGAAGCAUUACAAAGAGACAGCUGACAAGUUGUGUGGUGUGGAACAGGAUCUGACAACAGGUGUAGACAAACAUGGUGAGAAAAUCAAAGACCCCAUGAGAAACAUCGUACCACUCCUUCUGGACAAGACAGUCAGCAUUCAUGACAAGAUCAGGAUCAUUCUUCUGUACAUACUGUUCAUGAAUGGACUUUCCGAAGAAAAUUUGACCAAACUUUGCCAACAUGCUCAGAUUCCAACAGCAGACAGGGCCAUCAUCAUGAACAUGGCGAAUCUUGGAGUUCCUAUUACAAAAGACGCUGGUAACAAGAGACCCAAGCCCAAUCGUAAAGAACGAGAUGAAACAGUCUAUCAGCUGUCACGAUGGGUGCCUUACGUUAAAGACAUCAUGGAGGAUGCCGUUGAAGAGAAGCUUAGUGCAUCAACGUUUCCUUUCCUGAACCAAAGGUCUGGGGUAGGAUUCUCAUCUGCUGCUGCAGGGCAGGCCGUCAGCGCACGUUAUGGUAAUUGGUAUAAACACGAUAAGGCAUCCAGUGAGGCACGUGAUGUGCCACGCCUUAUCGUCUUCAUCAUGGGUGGAGUCUGCUAUUCUGAGCUAAGAGCAGCUUAUGAGGUUACAGCAGCUAACAAGAAUUGGGAGGUCCUCAUCGGCUCAGAUCAGAUAGUUACUCCAAAGCUCUUCCUAGAGAAGCUUGGCACUCUUGGAAACUCUUGAGAAUUUGACACUUAACAGGAAUCCGUUUAUUAAAUGAAUAUUGUUAAUCACAAUUAACCAGAUAGUAUUCUCGUUAAUCAAAUCAAGCAGCUUUUGAUACCGUGCUUUGCCUCUUGUGGGUUUCCUAUGGUACAGACAAGGAAAGGGAAUGAGGAGAAGUGCCCCACAAUUUAUCUAGCAGGCAGCAGAUUAUGUUUCUGCUGUAACUAAAGAAACCAUAUAAAAUAACAAUGCUAUAAUUAUAAAUUUUAAAAUUAAACCUAAGGAAAUCUUACUAAUUGAAGGUGUAAAUUUUUUAAAAAAUAAUUGAAUGUUGCUUUUGCCUUUGAAAUGCUCCCGUGAAGGAUCAUGGUUAAUAUUCAAACUGAUAACGAGUAGAUUAAGAUCAAAGUAUACACGACGUUAACAAAUGUACAUAUAUCACUAGAUUUUUGUAACAAAACACUGAAUUUAAAUAAAAAUUAUCAAAUCAA